AUGGGAGGAGACCGAGAGCCCAACAGGAGGAGACUGAGGCUCCAACAGGAGACCCAGGCCCCAACAGGAGGAGACCGAGGGCCCAACAGGAGGAGACCGAGGCCCCCAACAGGAGGAGACCGAGGCCCCCAACAGGAGGAGACCGAGAGCCCAACAGGAGGAGACCGAGGCUCCAACAGGAGACCCAGGCCCCAACAGGAGGAGACCGAGGCCCCUAACAGAAGACAGUGGCCCCAAGAGGAGGAGACCGAGGGCCCAUCAGGAGGAGACCCAGGCCCCCAACAGGAGGAGACCGAGACCCCCAACAGGAGGAGACGGAGGCCCCAACAGGAGGAGACCGAGGGCCCCCAACAGGAGGAGACCGAGGGCCCAACAGUAGGAGACCGAGCCCCCAACAGGAGGAGACCGAAGGCCCAACAGGAGGAGACCGAGGCCCCAACAGGAAGAGACCGAGGCCCCCAACAGGAGGAGACACAUCCUCCGAAUUGA